CCGAGGAGUUCGUAGAGGAAUAACAAUAAUAGUAAUAAUGUGUGAUCGGUUGUGCUGUGCGUCUUGUGGCAGCAAGGCGAAACGUUUGAAGCUGGUAUCUUGUUUGCACGCAAUUUGUAUAGCGUGUCUGGAGAAGCUCGUUACAUUUGAUGGACGAGUUCAUUGUCCGAAGUGCUUCGCCAAAACGCCAACGCCAAGGUCACCGGCGUCUUCAUUACCGGACAAUUACCCAAAGCCGACGACACUAGGACAGAGCGCAUCUAGCAGUGAGCCGGAACCGGUACUGUGUGACGACUGCGCUGAAGAUGAACCUGCCACGGCUAGCUGUGGAGACUGUGGAACGAACCUGUGCAGCGCUCACGCCGUUGUCCACCCACUCUCUCGAGCCACACGUAAUCAUAAAUUGGCAUCACUGACUGCUGAGCAAGAGAAGAACGCCCCAAGAACCACUAAACUACAGCACUAUUGUGCUUUUCACCCCACUGAGGUGUUGAGCAAAUACUGUGUUCCAUGUGACCAGCUGGCAUGUCAGCAAUGCCUGGACACGGGCGCUCACAGCAAACCCGAACAGAAACACCAACUUGUGCCCAUUCAGAAUGCUGUGCAGGAGAUGCGCCAAACUGUGGACACAAACUUCAGCAGUUGCUUGCCAGAUGGGGAUAGGCUGAUCUCCACUGCACUGGAUAAGGUAAAGAAAGAGAUGGAUUGUGUGAAUGAAGCUGCGGAGUAUGCCUCAAAGGAGAUCAUGGAACAAUUCCAGCAGCUGAAGAUGGCUUUGGAUUCUAGAGAGCAGACUCUCCUGGAGGAGGUGGACCAACUGAGGAACAAGAAGCUUGCGCUACUGGAAAGCCAGGUGGCUCGGCUAGAGGAUGGCCUUGAACUACAUCAGGCUGCGUCAGAGCUCUCGCAAAACUGCGAUGACGACACUGACUUUGUGAAGAUGGCCCAUUGGCUGAACAAUGCAGUUGAUCGCAGGAAAGUUGUGGAAGGAAAUGAUCUCGAGCCAUGCGCAAGAAGUCAGAUAGUAUUCGGUCGUGAUAACGCACCAGAAGUCACUGGUCAGAUUCGCAAUAUCGGCACCGUCCAGGAUUUUGCUGAUUUCACCGACGGAUUAGCAGCUCACAUUGAAAAUGCUCGUGUGAAUGCGAACCUGAAGAUUGUGAUUAAAGGAAAUCUGCCUUCAGGCCUGUCUCAGGAGGAGGUCAAUCGUCUUCGUUUCAACAUUUCUGUUCACGAUGGAGACAACACGGAAUUACCCACUACACCGCUUAAACAAAUUUCGCAGGAACACCUUGAGCUGACACGCACACAACUUUCAACUGCAGGUCUGCUCACUGUAUCCGUACAAUAUGCAGAAACGCACUUGCAGGGCAGCCCAAAGGUUAUUAAUCUUCCGCCGACUUUCAAUCCGAAUCGUUGCCAUGGAGAUAUAUCUGUGAGCAACAACGGACGUUCAAUAAGGAAGAGUGUAGGGAAUUCUGCCAGGGCUACUUGUACAUCAGUAAUAACAGCCAAGCAUGGUAUCAGCAGUAUUCGAGUAAGAAUAGACAAGACAAGUGAGUAUGGUGAUGUGCGCAUUUGUGCCUGCUCCUCAGCUGAGCCACGACUGGAGAAAGUACAUGACACAAAAGCGGAGAUAUUUGGCUGGCGUGGGUAUCAACCAGAUGGGAACUGCAAUGGUGGUCGACUUGGACAGCGUUGGCAAACCGGUGAUAUCAUCUCUCUGCAGCUCGACCAUGACAAUCAAACGUUAACCGGUCAUCACGAGCGCACUGACAGCAGGGAGGUACUUCACGGCAUCACUGGGACAUGCUGCUGGUAUGUUACCCUUUUUGACAAAGGUGAUCAAGUCACGAUACUGUAGACAAUCAACUGCUGCCUGAUACUACAUAUAUAUAUAUAUAGCACUAGUAUAAUUUAAAAAUAAUUUUUAAAAGAGAGUGCAUGCAUGCAUGUACUCAAUUUUCUCAGAACCUUUGUAUUUCGCGAAACACUGUAUACCUGGGGCAGCCUAUGCCUUAUCUUGAGUGCAUGUUACCUAACUGUAAGUCCAUGCCGUCCCACAUGAUAACUGUGACCUAUCUUCAUCUUGAUUGGUGUAGCAUGCUAAUACAACUUCGACGUAUGUUUUCAGUGCCGGCAUACCACAAACGACUGAACAGCUUCCUUGAAAAUGAUAUUCAAUGAGUCUUCUGAACUUCAAUGUACAUCGGAGGAGCUAUUGCUUUGUGAGCGAAAAAUGGCUUCUUUCUUUUUUCUCGAAUCUUUUAUAAACCUCUAUACAGCUGCCUUGUACCCACUCGUACCCGCACAUUGCUUGGCUGCUCAAGACAUUUUGCUUAACAUGCUAUACAUGAUUAUUGUGCAACAUACAUGGCAUGUUACAUGCACAAACUUGUUGAAUUACACUUUAUUUGUUAGAAUUGAAUUCUUUGGUUUCAUCCUGA